AUGAAUUCUCACUUACUGAAAAAUGAUCAAUUACACUGUAAUUAAUUUAGAUAAAAAGUGAUUAAGUUUAUAGUCCAAUUAAAUAUGGCUAAGAUGAAAUAUUAAUUAGGAUUUUAUGGUAAAGCUUUUAUACUUGCUGAAUAAGCAAUGAGUACUCUAGAAAAAGAACUUUUUGAUAGAUUAAAAAAUAGAGACUCAAAAAUAGAAGAUGCUAUGUUACUCAUUAAUGGUUAUAUGAUUUUAGCUAAAUCUUAUGAAUCUUCAUCUGAUAUUGAUCUUCAAUACAUACAUAAUAAAAGUUUGUGUUAAGAAGAUUAAAUCUAAAAAUUCUAUUUAAAUGCAAAAUAAUUAACAAUUAAAUAUUUGGGAUCAAAUAAUCAAAUCAUACAAAAAUUACAGUAUUCAAGUUCUCAUCGUCUCAAAAAACCUAAAAUUCAAUAACCAACAAUUUAAUUGAUUUCUAGAUAAUAACUUAACUAAAUAAUAUAAUUAUUUAAAUUAGUAAAAAGAAGAAUUAAUAUUGUUAUUCAACCUGAAAAACCUCAUUAUAGAAGAUGUCUUAAGGGAUCCAUUGAUACUUAUAAAACUACUUCUACUUAAAAUAGUCAAAUGGAAAUCUCUAAACCAUAUAUUAAAAAAUUUAGAGUAAGAUGUAAAUAAAACAGUAAUCAUGAAGGUAAUUCUUCAGAUGAAACUACUAAAGAAAAAGUAAUUAAUUGUGAUACUCCAAUUUCAUAUUAUAAAUAAUUAGAAUCUGUUAUACUAAAAAAAGUUGAAGAACAAUUAAAUAUUAAACUCUAAUCCAAAAAAUCAGAAUUAGAAUUAAGUAAUCUUGAAGAUCAAAAGAAAUUAUUAGAAUAGAAUUAAAAAAUCACUAAUUUAUAUGAUUAAAUCUAAUUAUUAAAGGAUUAAUUAAAAGAAAAAGAUUUAUUGUAAGAGUAAUAACAAAUAUAAAUUGAACUACUCUAAGCUAAUAAUAAAAAAUAAUCAUAAAGUAAAAUAAAAAGCGUUUAAAGUCCUAUUAAAAAAAAUACUUCCAUUAAUGAAUUUUAAAUAUCAAGUGAAUAAAAAGAAUUCUUUAUUUAAAGUGCUAUUAAAACUAAAAGAAAUGAAAUAAAUGAAUUUAAUAUAGAUUAAACACCUAUCAAACUAGUAAAUUCAUUAAAUGGUGAAUUCUAAACUCCAGAUAAUAAAAAUUCUAUUGCUGAAUUUUAAACUAAUAAAAAAAGUACUCCUCCCUUUAGUUUUAGUUUUCAUAAACAUUAAUAAUAAUCUAUUGAAUAACCAUUGACUCCUCCUCCUAAUAUCACUUAAGAAAAUACAUUAGAUUAAUCAUAACAAUGGCCAACUUAGAAAUUAUAAAAUGUUAGUAUAAUAGAAUUUGAGGAAUCUAUCAAUUUUUCAUUUACUUAUUGUAAAUCAAUUUAUUUAUUAUUAGAAUCUAGUUAAGAAUAUUAUUCAAUAUAAUUAUAACCAAAUGAAAUAUAUAUGAUAUAAGUAGAAAAUGAAUUAUCCUAUAUUGUAGAAAUCUCUCUUGUCUCUAAUAAAGCAAAUCCUAAAUUAGAAGACUUUUGUCUCUUAAUAUAAAUAAAUAUUAAUUCUCAAAGAGUCAGUGAAUUAAUUGAAAUCAAUUCCUUAGCUGAUAUGUUGCAACAUACUAAUAGUAAUAUUUGUAUUCCUUUCCCAUUAAAAUACAUUACUUCAUACAAACUCUUUAUAUAAUAUCUUGUAAUUCCAUUUAUUUAAAUAUCUAUUGAAAAUCUAAAUUACAAAAUAGCUAUGUAUUCUCUUCCUCCAGGUCUUUUUACUAAUUAUCAAUGUAUUAAUUUAUUUGGUGAUCCAUGUGAAUGGGCUAUUUAUUUUUUAGAUAAUUAUAAAUUCAAAGUUGUUAUAUUUCAAAAUAAAACUUAUAUUCAAGACUUUGAAAUUGUUUUUGAUUAAUUAACUUUUGAUGAAUAUUUUGAGUACUUAAAUUAUGACUAAUAUAUUCAAUAAGAAAUGGAAAAUAUUUUGAAUUCAAUUAAAAAGAUUUAAUCAUCUUCUCAAAAUUAUUUCAAACUUCCAAAUGUUAAAAUAAGAGAUAAAGAAAAAUUAAUUAAUUUCAUAAAUAAUUGUCUACUCUAAAUAGGAAUACUCAUUACUGAAAGAAAUUAAAGAGAUCUUAAACAUUAUUUAAAGGAGAAUAUUGUAUCAAUUAAUUUAGAUAUAUUUGAUAAAUUUAAAAUUAGAGCUUCUUUAAUUUAAUAGAUUAAUGGUAGAAUUGAUCUUAUUCUUAAGAAUUUUUAUUAAACUCAUUUAACAUAAAAUGAACUUGGAUUCGCUAAUAGUUCUAUUUAAAUAACAGAUGAAUUCAUUUAAGAUAAAUUUCAUAUUGAUUUUUUCACUUUAGAUGAACAUGAAAAAAAAUUCAUUCUUAAAAGAAUCAGUAAUUAUUUUUCAUUAUUUACCUAUACCAGUUUAUAAGAUGGUAAUGAUUUAGAUUGGAAAAAUGAAAAUCCAAUAUAAUCUAUAGAUUAAGACUUUGGUGGAACUCAUAAAAUAAUGUUAGCAAAAUAAUAUCGAACUCCUAUUUGUUUUACUUUAAUAGGGAUACAUAAUAAACCAGAAUUUAUACGAGUCGAUAUGUAUGAUACUGAAAAGAUUCAAUAGAAUGGAAUACUAUUGUUUAUUAAUGAAGAAUAAUGGAAAAAAAGAGAAUCUCCAUCUCCCACUAAAAAAAGCAAACAUUAUAAAUACAAUAAAGAAUUUGCAAUAUAAGAAAAAUAUUAUUUAUAUCAAAUUUUGUAGGAAGCAGGUUGGAAGGUGAUUGAAAAAUGUAUUGUAGCAAAAAAUGACAUUUCAAUAAGUCUAGAGGGAAAAAUAUAUCGGUUAGAAUAGUUUUUAAAUUUGAAAUCAAUAUAAGAAAAUUGA